GGCGGGGGCGCGGCCGGCGGGUGCGCCAUGGUGCGGCCGUGAGCGGAGCAUGGGGCGGCGGCUCCUCCGGGCGCUCCUCUGCCUCCUCCUCCUGGCCGGCCGCGGGCAGCUGCGUGACGGUGCCGCCGCCGCCACCGCCGCACACGGCUGCCUGUUUGACCGAAGGCUGUGCUCCCCGCAGGAGGUGUGUGUGCAGGAUGGGCUGUUUGGGCAAUGCCAGGUGGGCUCCGUGCAGGACAGACCAUACUUUCAGGUCACAUCUCCUGUGCUCCAGCGUCUGCAGGAUGUCUUGCGGCAUCUCAUGGCACAAGGGCUCUCGUGGCAGGAUGGCAUCACCCAGUAUGUGAUCUCUCAGGAGAUGGAGCGCAUACCCCGCCUCCGCCUGCCGCCCUCGCUGGAGCCGGUGGCCAGGGACAGGUUCCUGCCUCACCGCAGCGAGCCCCGGCGAGCCCCACUAGCCCCAGACCCUGGCCUGCCAGCAGCUCAGCAUUUGGAGCAGCCCCCACCACUGCUGCUUUCCCCUCUGAUGCAGCGGUACCUGGAGCACAUCCUGCUGCCCUCCCCACCCCAGCUGGGCUACGAGGAGGCUCUGCUCAAUCCCUACUCCUACCACAAGUUCGGCUAUCAGGAUGGUGCUCACCAGCAUCCCAGCAGCUCAGCCAGGCAGAGCUCUGAGACCUCCUCGCUGCUGGGCCGGGUCCCUGCCCAGACCCUUCUUGGGGCUGGCCCUGUGCCCUCCUAUGGCGGGCAGCCAGGAGUGGAUGGGGGGCAUCUUUUCCAGGACUUGGGCAUGCUUUCCCUGCCCAGAGAGAGAGCUGGCCGCCCGGACCCUGCCAGCACCAGGCUUCAGCACAGCUUGCGGCUCCCCAAUGACUACAGAAACAUAGAGGAGAGGGAGCAGCAAGCACCCCUGGCUGCCCAGCCACCCUCUGCACAGACGGAUGCUGCCCUGAAGAGACUGGCUUCUCUCCUGGCCAGCUAUGGCCUGGGGCUGCCAGAACUGAGUCCCCAGCAGAUAAGCAGCCUAUCCACCCUCCUCCAACUGCUCCAGAGCUCUGGUGUUGCUGGCCCUGAAGUGCCCACAGCGAAACGGUUGGGUUUGCAGCAGGGUGAUGCUGGAGGAGGUGCCAUGGCACAGGUGAUGGAGGGGGACAUGCAGCAUGGAGAGGAGCCAGUGCCCCCUUCUUCCACAAUGCCACCCCCCAAAAUCCCAGCCAGCAGCUCCCCAGGAGAUGGAACGAAGGGCAGGGCAGCAUCCUCAUCAGCUCCCCGGGCUGAGCCACAGCAGGGACACAGUGUGGAUGCACUCAGCCCUGGAAAGCACAUUGUGGUGGAGAAGAAGAGCUACACAGAGAUGAAGGACAGUGGGGCACAACAGGGCAUGCGGCCACUAGACGAGUAUGGCUACAUCAUCACAGACCAGAAGCCCCUGGGGCUGGCUGCUGGUGUGCAGCUGCUGGAGCUCCUAGCCAAGCACCUCCACCUCUCCACUGCCAGCUUCAUCAACAUCAGCGUUGUGGGUCCUGCACUUACCUUCCGCAUCCGACAGAACCCCCAGAACUUUUCACUGGCAGAUGUGGCCAGCCAGACUGAGCAAGUGAAGGGAGAGCUGGAGCACGAGCUGGGCCUGAAGAUUGUGCAAACAGGAGUGGGAGAGCGAAAUGAGGCUGCUGCCUACUCACACCCGUCCCGCUUCGGGGAUGGCUUUCACUCAGUGCUGCUGACCUUCAUCGCCCUGGCCUGCGUGGCGGUCAUUGCCAUCGCAGUGUCUGCAGCCUUCUGCCUCCGGCGCCACGCCAAGCAGCGGGAGAAGGAGCGCCUGGCUGCCCUGGGGCCAGAGGGUGCUGCUGACACCACCUUCGAGUACCAGGAGCUGUGCCGCCAGCACAUGGCUGCCAAGUCUCUCUUUGGCCGCACUGACACACCGGCGGCACCAGUAGAGACUUCAAGGGUCAGCAGUGUCUCGUCCCAGUUCAGCGACGCUCCACAGCCCAGCCCCAGCUCCCACAGCAGCACGCCCUCCUGGUGCGAGGAGCCUGUCCAGUCCAACAUGGACAUCUCCACUGGACACAUGAUCCUGGCCUACAUGGAGGACCACCUCCGCAACCGGGACCGGCUGGCCAAGGAGUGGCAGGCACUCUGUGCCUACCAAGCUGAGCCCAGCAUCUGCUCCAUUGCCCAGAGUGAAGCCAACCUGAAGAAGAACCGCAACCCCGACUAUGUGCCCUAUGAUCAUGUGCGGAUCAAGCUGAAAACCGAGAGCAACCCAUCCCGCAGUGACUUCAUCAAUGCCAGUCCAAUCAUUGAGCAUGACCCACGGAUGCCAGCGUACAUUGCCACCCAGGGGCCGCUGUCCCACACUAUUGCUGACUUCUGGCAGAUGGUGUGGGAACAUGGCUGCACUGUCAUUGUCAUGCUGAGCCCCCUGGCCGAGGACAGUGUCAAGCAGUGUGACCGCUACUGGCCAGAUGAAGGCUCCUCUCUUUACCACAUUUAUGAGGUGAACCUGGUGUCAGAGCACAUCUGGUGCGAGGAUUUCCUGGUGCGCAGCUUCUACCUGAAAAACGUGCAGUCGCAGGAGACCCGCACCCUGACGCAGUUCCACUUCCUCAGCUGGCCGGCCGAGGGCAUCCCCACCACCACCCGGCCCCUCCUUGACUUCCGCAGGAAGGUGAACAAGUGCUACCGGGGUCGCUCCUGCCCUAUUAUCGUGCACUGCAGUGAUGGUGCAGGCAGGACUGGGACCUACAUCCUUGUUGACAUGGUCCUGAACCGAAUGGCCAAAGGGGUGAAGGAGAUAGACAUAGCUGCUACGCUGGAGCAUAUCAGAGAUCAGCGGCCUGGUAUGGUGCAGACCAAGGACCAGUUUGAGUUUGCACUGACGGCUGUGGCCGAGGAAGUGAACGCCAUCCUGAAGGCACUGCCGCAGUGAUGGCAAGGAGCCCUCCCUCCCCUCUUGUCUGCUCCCUGCCCUGCGCUUCGCACUCUCCUCACCAGCCUCUGGGGCUGCUCUCCCUGUAAAGUGGUGUCUGUGCUUCUGGCUCUGCUCCCCCUGCCCCCAGGCACCCCUUCCCAUCUCCCCAAGGACACUGACCUCAGGCCCUCUGUGUGCAGGAACCCCAUCACACCCGCUGUCACCUCGGAGGGGACAGGGCUUGUGGCCCUUAAGCCCUGUGGAGGGGGACACCAGGUGGUGCUGCUGGGAACUGACAGGGGGACUCCCCAACCUGUCAGCUCUGUGUUAGCCCUCUUCCUGUACCCAUGUCGGGGGCAGAAGUGGGGGCAGGGGUCCUCCACAGCUGGGGGGGAGCAUGGGGUGCAGGGGGGCCUGGCCCAACCCCACUCCAGGUCCUCUUUGUGUGCUCCCUGCCUAGUCACUCGAGCAGAAGAAAAAUUUCUAGAGAACUAUAAUUUUGUAUCUUGAUGUGAAUAAAGUUCUUGUGUCACGUUCGUGCAGCUGCA